AUGUUGGUCACAGAAACAUUUCAUGGUUACAUUGAAACAACUCAAGAUGUAUUGUUGAUAUUUGAAGGUUGCCGUAGAGGAUUGCUCCCUAGAAUCUGCCGACGUCUUCAAGAACGUGAGCGUAAAAUGAUCAGAUCAGGCUCCAUUUUUGUAUUCGACGAAAGAGAGUCAGGCAUUAAGCGUUGGACAGAUGGCCGAGUCUGGAGCCCCUCUCGUAUUUUAGGCAACUUUUUGAUAUAUCGGGAGCUAGACAAGAAAGCCGGAGAGAAGAAAUCAGCUCCAAUGAACAGUACCAAUACCACUGAUAGAAGAAGCUUCAGCAUAGAUAGUUCGGUCGAUAGAAACAAGGAGCGCCAACUCGUUGGUAGUCUAUCAGAUUCUUAUCGAUUCAAAGAAGAUGGUCUUAUCAAAAAGACAAUGUCUAUCAUUGUCAACGGCGUAGCUCAACAUCUCAUCUCUUACUAUGAUCCUCAAGAAGUCCUUCAAGAGAAAUUGCGUGCUCCAUCCUCGGUACCUGAAUUAGCAAGCCUUGAGAUUUCACCUGAAUUGCUUGUCAAGCAAAACUUUAGAAUCCCUCCUCUAGUUGAGCCCACAUUUGAUCAAAGCGAUCAUCAUUUAGGCUCGAUUACCCCUCCCGAAGCAUCGACUUCCACUGGCUACAGCACGAACCGUGCGAUGCAUCCUUUACGUAGCAUGUCGGUCGGUUCCAUUCGCCAUGAACAGCAACAACAAUUGAUGUAUCAUCCAUAUCAACAGCCUCCACAGCAGACUCAACAAAGACCGCAAUCACCUUCGACUAAUAACUAUCAACAUCCUUUAUCUAUACCAAAUCUAUAUGGAAAUAAUAAUAACAGCACUAAUAAUACAACAGGUUUUCAUACGACUAAUAUGCCAUCUCCAUCGAGCUUGACAUCUUCGCCCAGCACACCUAUGCUUUCUCCUUCUCGUUACCACCAACAACAGCACCAUCAACAACAACACCAACAACAGCACCAACGACACUACUCUACCUCCUCUGUUUCUUCAAACUCUUUACCUAGAUUUGAUCCUAGAAACUACUCUGAUCCCAUGCGACAAGGCUCCUCUUCCUCCUCUUCUUUGGGACAGAUUAUGACCUCUGAACAAAGCGAGCGUUUUGCCUCUCCUAAUCUCGGCCAACUGCUAAAUCCUAUCCAUCCUCUCAACAAUACCAAUUCAAAUAAUGACUCUCCUUCAACUCCCACGGCCGCAGCAACAGUAGCAGCAGUAGCAGCAGCAAACGCCGCCGCUAGCAAUAAUGACAUAUUGCAGUCCAUGGGUAUUCAUCAGCACUAUGAUUACAAUUCCUCUACUUUGCGUAACUCAAUUAGCGGCGCUUCCACAAAUGGCGCCACUGGCAGUACUCAUCAGCAGCAUCAUCAGCAUCAUGAUGGUAGUAAUGGCGAUGUUGAGCUAGACCUCGACACACAUCACAACAAUAGCAACAAUAGUGGCGAUAAUCAUAGUAAUAAUGGCAAUCAUGGAGGGGGCACUGGAGGUGGCGGCGGUGGUGGAGGCGUCGAUUACAUGUACUACCAACGUCCUUUAGCCAACCAUCAACAACAUUUGCAUAACAACUUUAUGUUUCAACAACAAGAUGUGUAUACUGGUGUUCACGAUCAAAAUGAUUUAAUGUUAAAAUAA